AUGCCUGCCAAGGUCAACCACGAGAAAUUAGCCGAAGCGUUCCUCAUCUGGGCCGAAAACGCCCUCGGGCUGACAAAACUGGAAGAUUACGCUCAGAAGCACGACAAGGUCGUCUUUCUCGACGAGUUCGCUCGCCUUUUCGCUCAAAGGUACAAGUAUGCCUACAAUGAGAAACAGUCGAUGAGUUCUCCCGAAACUCCGCAGGGCCACAGGACCAGCUCUGACCAAAGAGGUUCUGGACGUGAGAACCAAAGAGUAGCAGCAUGGAUCACUGCAAAUCCGACCCGUCAUCAAGAACUCGCGACGGCUGUUCGAGAUGGGCACGUGAUCGACUGGCGUCACGUCAGCUUCGGGCAUGCCCACCUCAUCAGUUCAGGGGCUGAAACAGCACUCCUUUCGAUCCAAUUCGACGAAAUCGGAAUAGCACGUUGUAGGCUCAUGGCAUCAGCCGGGAACAAAGCUCAAGAAAUCGCCGUGGGGGGUAAUAUCGAUCUUAUCACCUGUCAAAUCCUUUUCUCUUUAUUGGCAAUCAAGGAAGGCAUGGCGUCAGGGGGAUAUACGUUUGAAACGAUGCCAAUACCCGUUCCUAUCGAGCAGCUGAUAGGCGACUUUUUCGACAACGUGUUCUUGAACCCCAACUUGAACACGCUGGACGCUUUCCAGACCGAAAUGUUGGCACAGUACGCUUCGCCAAGGAACCCGCACGUUUGCCGUCCGGAUCAGCCAACCAACCCGAAGAUCAUCCAUAUAGGGAAUAGGAAGUGGUUGCGGAAACACUCGGGCCAGGUUGUUUGGGAGAUCAUUACCCGCGUCUUCCACCUUCACAUGGCAGACAGGCCAUUAGAUGAAGACGGUUUGGAACGCGAACCAGUCCUGGACUUGGGAGUGUUCCAGGUGGAAGUGCGGACCGCAUGGUUGAGCUUUAAGGACUUCUCUAGAGUGGAGAUAGUUUCUGGAAGUUCUACUAUCCACACGAACGUCCUCAAUGACUCUACACAGCACGAGCUCACAGUUGGCAGCUCAAAGAUGACGUUCGGCGGGACCAGCACGAUCGACGGAACCUCACCGGAGACAAGACUGGCUGUUGAUCAAUGUCUCCGCAGAAGCAACAAUGCAGCGACGUGUUCAUACGAAGAUGCCAAGAGAAUCGCCAAUCACGACGAUAUCGAUAUAGUCACGGCUCAAGUCCUACUCGCUUUACAGCAGGUCCAGACAUUCGCGCUCGCCAGCAAAAAGCAUGCUGCUGAGGAUCCCAUUAGCAUAAGGAAAGGCUUGAGCGACAUCGAGAUUGACACACUGUUGCGAGCAUACUUCCUCACUUUGCUCGAAGAUGGGAGCUUCGAGGCAUUACGAUAUGAGCUAUACUCCAAUCUAGUCGUUAGAACCACGCGAAGUCACACAGAAUACCUCAAUCAGGAUGUUCUUGACCUUACUCCUGUUGGGAUAUGGUCUCGAGUCAGGGCGAAACGAGACCGAAACCAUGCUGUGUGGAUUUCCCUGGACGUCUCUAGCAUGGGACUUGACUCAUUCCGGGGAAAAGUUCAGACAAUGCGGAACCAUUAUCGGCUUCGUAUAAAGUUGAUGAGAGGCAACCGUCCUCGGUGGUUCACCGCUAUGCCUUCUGGGGAGGCGGGCAUCACGACAAUGGAGAAGCCGCAUAGCACUGGAAGACUGCUCUCGGUCUCGAGCAUCGCCGCACCGAUGAGCAACACUACAGCUGCCGCGAUCGGAGACUACGGAUCUCUCAGCGCAUCGACGGGAAAGUCGAAUUCCUUGGCCCCUCCCUCGUCGUCGCAAAGGCAUUAA